AUGUCCAAAGGUGAAAUGCUGAGAGUCUUGGUGAAGCAGCGAAUAACUGCGGCUGCUGAAGAGAUAUUCGGGCUGUUUGAAAGAACGAUAACAGAGUACGAGGAGGAACUGAGUCGGUCAAAAGAGGAGAACAAGCGACAACAGAAACUACUGGACGCUGUUUACAACCCUCAGCUUCGGCUACACAGAGCAGAUGUCCAGCAGCUGUUGGUACAUAAAGAAGAAAUUCCCUCUGAGCAGCAGGACUGGAGCUCCAAUCUGGACCAGAAGGACCCAGAGCCCCCACAAAUUAAAGAGGAACAACAAAAGGAUCUCUGGAUCAAACAGGAGGGAGAGCAGCUUGCAGAGCUGGAGGAGGCUGAUUUCACCAAGUUCUCCUUCACUCCUGUCCCUGCCCCUGAGCCCCCACAGCUUCAUCAAAUUGAACAGAUGAAAACAGAAGCUGAUGGAGAGGACUGUGGAGGACCAGAACCAGCCGGGAACUUGGAUCCAGAUUCACAUUUACAACCAGAUGCUGAAGACAGGUCUGGAGACUGUACUGAACCUGAGACUGAUGACAGCGGUGAUUGGAUAGAGAGCAGAGAACCUCAGUCGUCUUUAGAAUCUUUGAAAAAUGGUGACAUUCCUGUCAGUGAUUUGAGAUGUAGUACCAUUGAGAAACCUUUCAGUUGCUCUGAGUGUAAUAAAACUUUCUCUCAAAAAAACACAAUGAAGCGACACAUGAGUAUUCACACAGUAGAGAAGCCUUUCCAUUGCUCAGUCUGCAAGAAAGGUUUUAAAAAGGUUACAUAUUUGCCGUUACACAUGAAAAUUCACACAGGAGAGCUACCUUUCAGCUGUUCAGUGUGUGGUAGAGGUUUCGUUUUAAGGGGAAGUCUCACGGAACACAUGAAAAUACACACAGGAGAGAAACCUUACAGCUGCUCAGUGUGUGGUAGAAGAUUUUUGCAAAAAGGGAAUCUUAAGAUUCACAUGAGGAUUCAUACGGGACAGAAACCCUUCAGUUGUUCAGUGUGUGGUCAAGCAUUCAAACAUAGCUCAAGUCUACGGGGUCACAUGUGGAAUCAUAGAGAGAACGGCAAAUAUAUACAGAACACAUGAAAAAUCACACAGAGGAAAAUGUGUCCUGUUUGGGUGUGUUUCAAAAGAUUUCUGCUGCAUCAACAGAGAAAACAACAUAAAUGUGUAAGUCGUCAGUCCUCAGAGCUUCAUCAUACUCAAAAAAACGGGAAAAGAGAACAAAACCGGUAUUGUUGGCCUCCACUGGGCAACUUCCAGCGCUUUUCUCUCACCUUUUUACCCACGUCAUAAGUGGCAUAUGACAUUAUUUUACCAAACUGCGUUUUUAGUAUUUUAACAUUUUUUGUUGCCUUUUUUAUCACAUUUUCUGAUUCUUAAUGCCUAUGAUCCAUUGUUGAUUUUCUUUCACAAUAA